AUGUACGACAUCUCCUCGCAGCUCCUGCGAACUCCUGGCAGACAGGCUGCUGUCAACGCCAGCCAAGGCAAGGCAGAACAGGGGGAGGAGGAGAAGGCAAGGCGGCAGGAGGGCGUCCCGCAAGGGCCCUCUCCCUCCGUUGCUGACCCAACACGAAGGCAGCAGGGGGAGAGGCUGGUGAACGCGAGCGCAGGGCGGAGGGGAGAGCAGGAGAACGUGACGGAGGACGGAGGGAACGUGUGGUUGAAGCAGGUGCUGUGGCUGCCCGACGAGGCCCUCAAGGAUGAGGUUUGGAUCGCCAAGGACCCGGAGCUCUUUGAGCAGGAGGAUCCGGUCCUGACCGCCAACGCACCUCCUCCCGUCAUUCCCUUCAUCAAGUACGCGUCCACCGGGCCCCCCCGCUCCCCCUGGACCUCCCCCGACUGCUCGCUCCCUGAGUUCAGGAUCCUCUCGCUAGACGGGGGGGGCGUGCGCGGCAUUUUGUCUGCUGUCAUCCUCGCCAGGCUCCUCAAGGCUGUCCCGACCUUCCUCGACAACGUCGACCUGCUGGCCGGCACGUCGACCGGCGGUCUCAUCGCCCUC